CACACUCAAGCUGCCAAUUCUAUUUCGCUAUAGCAAAAGGGUGAAGGGGAGAGAUGGCGGAGUACGAUGAGCGUGGCAACUGUGCGUCAAAUAUGUAUUUACCGAGUUGUACAUAUUACGUUUCGGCGCCUGAUUUUUCUUCAGUCUCCUCGUUUUUACCCCAGACUACUUCGUGUCAAAUAAAUUUUCCUUAUUCUUCCAACAUAGCUCAAGUCCAACCUGUUCGGGAAGUGUCUUUCAGAGACUAUGGACUGGAUCACUCAAACAAAUGGCAUUACAGGGGCAAUUACGCUUCUUACUACUCAACGGACGAGAUAAUGCACCGAGACUUAAUCCAGUCGUCGAACAGGGCGGAAAUGAUAUUCAAAAAUGAUUCCUUGUACGGCCAUCACGGCGGUACGAGCUCGCCAUGCAAUUUCUUCACAAAUGUCGGCCGAAAUGGGGUUCUUCCACAAGGGUUCGAUCAGUUCUUAGAGACUGUUAACUCUGAGAAGCCCAACCCUGACGACUCAAAACAAAAGACACACUCCAGUCUCCCCGGAGAUGCUGCGUGUAAUAAACAGACUUCAGAUAGGCCUACAUCUGAGGAGUCUAUACGAGACCCAACUGAGGACAUAGACGAAGAUGAUUAUUCGAUAUCAAACUGCGCUGGGGACAAGAACAACGGCCCAAGUUCUUCAAAGUCCAGAAAAAAGAGAUGCCCCUACUCCAAAUACCAGAUCCGAGAACUUGAACGAGAAUUCUUUUUCAAUGUGUACAUAAACAAGGAGAAGCGGCUCCAGUUGUCAAGGAUGUUAAACCUGACAGAUCGACAGGUGAAGAUUUGGUUCCAGAACAGAAGAAUGAAAGAGAAAAAGCUCAACCGGGACCGGCUUCAGUAUUUCACUGGGAAUCCCUUAUUCUGAACCCUACGCAUUUGGAGUCAAUAGUUGCUAAAUGCUUCACAACAGAUUGAAUAAAGAGUUUUUUGGGGGACAUCUCAUAAUCUAUCAAAACAACAGAAGGUGAAACACCUCACAGCAUAAUGAACAUUGCAAACAGGCUGGAUCUAUCUAUGCAAGGCUCUUGGCAUCUGUCACAUAAAUACUUACCUCAAUGAACACAUGAAUCCUGUUAUUUAAAAUAAGAUUCAAUCUAGUGAAGAAAUCCUCCAGGAGACCUCGUCAUAAUGUCCAUUUGUAUAUCAUUAUACUAAUUAAUUAUAAUCUCUAGGCUAUGCAUAUCUUUUUUAUUUAUUUAAGUUUACAUGGUGGCGUUUGUUGGAUUCUAAAAUAUUGCAGUAAGCAACGCGUACUUUGAGUAGAUUCAUCAGUCAAGUAGACUACAAUAAGUAAUUUAUAAUAGUAGAAUUAUGUAUGCAUUUAGUAGAAGCAUGUGAUGUAUAUUGUGGUUAUGUGAUAUCAAAAUAAAGUACA